AUGGUCUCUUCCACCUUCCUGGCCGCCUUCGGCCUCGCCGCGGCCGCCCUCGCGGCCCCGAACCGCCCCCGCAUGCUCUCGGCCGACGACGUCAUCCUCCUCGGCCACGACGGCACCCCCCGCAUCAUGAAGGCCGCCGCCUACGAGGCCCUCGAGACCGCCGCCGCCGCCCCGGUCUCCCUCAGCUCCUACAACACCACCACCGAGUCCACCACCACCCCAGCCCUCGCCCGCCGCGGCUGCGAGAGGAGCACCGAGAUCCAGGUCACGUCGGAUGAGUCCUUCCUCAACUGGGACGUGGCCAUCUCCCCCGUCGCCUCGUCCCGCGGCAACACGGCCGCCACCAUCGGCGUCUCGGCCGGCUUCGAGCUCGGCAACUCGCUCGCCAUCGGCAGCGAGAUCACCAUCGGCAACGACGUCAUCGGCGUCUCCCUCGGCAUGGACCUCGACGUGUCGUGGUCCACCUCGCUCGAGACCUCGCUCGAGUACGAGGUGCCCGACGGCCUCUUCGGCGUCAUCGUCAGCCAGCCCUACGUCCGCCGCGUCGCCGGCAACGUGCUGGCCGGCUGCACCGACUCCCCCUUCCGCACGCCCUUCGUCGCCGACGCCUACGAGAGCCAGAACUACGGCGGGCUGUCGUGGGUCAAGGGCGUCAUCCGCCUGUGCAGCAGCGAGACGUACCCGAUCCCGUACUGUAUCGGCCAGGGCACGCAUAAGUAG